CUCGCCGGAUAGUCAGCAGUUCAACAAUCCGGGUGUUCCCUGACUGUUUCGCUCUACUACAGCUGGCUGUCUACCAGCGACGUCCCAUGUAUCGUUCCGAGCAAUGGUAAUGACUGUCUGUUUAGUAAUCGACAGCGGACUCCGUAAUGAACAAUUAAGACAGAAAGUGUCAUUUAUUAUAUCAUGCUUCCAAAGAGCAAUAAACUUUGCAUGAAAACUUUUCAAGGAUUGUGAUAUAAUUUAUCGCAGAAAAAUGUAAUCUGAUUCAUAAGAUGAACGAGUUACGAUACAAAGUGAGAUUUUAAAAAAACUAAUUACAUUCAAGUCUUUCAGACUGUUAAUCAAAAUCUGUUAGUGAUGUGCAAGUAUUGAUUUUUCUAAUGAAAACAAAACUUUAAAGCUAAUAAAACUGUACUGAGCUUGAAACGUUAAACCAGAAGGAAGUUGUAAGACGUUACACAAAGGUAUUACUGGUUUCAGACUAUCAUCAAAAACUGAUAUAACCGAAUUAACUUGGAUAACAUAAUAAAUUAUUUACAAACGAAUUUUCUAAGUGAAAGAGAACUAUUCAUUUGAAAACUUUCUUGAUUAGAGAUUCGUGCUGUUAUCUUUUUAAACAAUCCGUGCUUAUUACAUACUAUAAAUAACUGACAUACAAAACUUUUUCUGAAAAGUUAUUGUAACUACAUAUUUCAGAAACAUUUCAUCGAGAACUGAUAAAACUGAAGAAGUAUUAAAUGUUCGAUGAAUAAUCAUGAAUCUAAUUCAUGUAGUGUUCCAGCUCGUUUUGUUAUUCGUUCAUCAACACUGCAUCGCCAGCGUAGAAGCAAACUCUGAAAUUCUACCAGGUCGAGAGCACGUAGUAUUGGGUUUCAUCGGUGACUCAGCUGUGCUUCCCUGCGAAGUGGACCUCCCCAAUUGUGGUAAAGUCUACUUUAUUACCUGGACCAAGAACGUAUCUAAUGAGUGGAAGAGGGAGUACCUGUACAGUGACGGAGUGGCCCGGGCCAUGGGAGACUUCUCUGGCCCCGAAAGGGCCACUUUCUCCCUCAACAACCAUUCAGCACACUUGAGACUGCAUGGUCUGACUGUCCAGGACGAAGGCACUUACAAGUGCGAUGUCACUUAUGUUAGAGGGAAGUGUCCUUCACUGUCUUUUACGAGGCUUUAUACCUUGAUCACGCCUUCUCCCCCUGAAAUGGAAGUUGAAGGCAAGAAAGUCCGAAACGGUAGCACCGUUGGACCUUACGUCGAAGGCUCAACCUUCGUCCUCGAGUGUAAAUCAUCUGGCGGACGUCCAGCCCCGGAAGUGACGUGGUGGAAUGGAACGAAGCCUCUUCCGGUUAAAACCACAGUGGCACCGGAAGGGAAUGGGACCUAUUUUGUUACUUCGACUGCUCGCUUUGUCCUUUCUCGAUGGGAUCUUGGCGGGAAAGUGGAAUGUCGUGUUCGUAGUAAUGCCUCGUCACAUCCUGUGCAUCAAUGGAUCAAGCUUGACAUUCAUGUUCGCCCAGCAUCUCUACAUGUCAGGGGGCCAACAACACCUGUUGUUGCUGGAGAAAUGGUAUCUCUGACUUGUACCGUGGAAGGAGCCCGUCCCGCCGCCAACAUCACCUGGUACAACAGGUCCGAAGUUAUAGGACCUCAACCAAUGACGACAAUGGAUCUGAUGAGUGAUGGCACUUAUAGGACAGCCAGCUCACUGGUUCUCGUGGCUUCCAGAUAUGACCACAAAGGAGAAUUCUUUUGCAAAGGAAUCAAUGAAGUCCUUAGGAAGAGAUUAGAAGCUCCUCUCUUGCAAGCCACCACUCUUGAAGUCCUAUAUCCGCCAGCAGUUUUUGUGACACCAGACGGUACAGUCACCGUUCAAGAAUCAUCGACCGUUAAUAUAACAUGCGUUUUCGACGCCAAUCCACCGGAUGUAACUGAAAUUGUCUGGUACAAGGACGGCAGUCUACUGCAGAGAGAUACCACGCAGCGCCUAGAAACCACUAGGCACCCAUUAUCUGCAGUAUUAGCAUUGUAUAAUUUAUCCAGGCAAGAUUCAGGAGUCUACACAUGCCAUGUGAGAAAUGCUUUCGGCAGAGGCAACUCUACUACGUCUUCAGUACUCAAUGUUCUAUAUCCGCAAGUUGUAAGCUUGCACAUUUCCUCCUCAGUGGUUUCCGAAGGCGGCGAGAACUCAGCUGUUAGCCUCACAUGUGAAGCAAUCGACGGAAACCCACGGAACUUCACGAAUGUCCGAUGGUACCGAAACAAUGAACUCGUAAACGAGACCAAUGAGCCUGUGCUGCACAUUAAACAUGCAAACAGGCACCAUGGGGGCAAUUACUCUUGCGAAGGCCGCAAUGCCGCCGGAUGGAGCCUCAGGCCCAAGUCGGAGGAGUUGAUAGUGCACUACACUCCCGGACCUUCGUCGAUCCAACAACAACAAGACCUCGCAGUGAAAGGCAGAGCCGUCACGCUAGAAUGCAGAGUUCUUGAUCUAGGCCAUCCCCUUUCCACCAUGUUCGAAUGGCACAAAGGCGGCGUCCCCCUCAAUGAGACAGGACCUCUGCUACACCUGAAGCCUGUGACCGUAUCGACUCAAGGAAAUUAUUCCUGUGCAGCGGUGAAUGACAUUGGUCCUGGGCCUCCAUCCUACUAUACUCUAUCUGCCGUAGCACCACCGUCCUUCGUGAAGAAGCUGCCCGAGAGGGGUGGAGUGCUGCGGAACACCACCAACGUCCAGUUGUCCUGCCACGUGGAGUGCCACCCCCUCUGCGAGCUCGAGUGGCUUCGAAACAACGAGAGCCUAAGAGACUCGAUCGUGUUCGAGAGCAAGGUUGCCCACCACAGACCCGAUCCUCGAAGAAACCUCUUCAGUUCCAUCAGCUCCGUGCUAACCUGGAAUAUGAGUCUUCUACCGGUCAACAGUUUCGAUUACGCCACCUUCACUUGCAGGAGCUCAGGAAACGAGAUUGGAGCGGGAGUGUCCAGUACAAUGGCUUUCAGGGUGGAAUAUCCUCCUGAAAACAUCCAGAUAUCCGCCGUCCGCCUGGAAGUGAUGGAAGGUGAAAUUCUGGACGACCUGGUGUGCAGUGCCUCGGCACACCCAUUAGCAAAUUAUGAGUGGCGAGUGGAUGGCUCGGUUGUGGCCCGAGGACCCGUCCUCUCCUUCAAUUCGUCCUUGUCUCGAGCCAUGGGUGGAAACUAUACGUGUGUCGUAAUGAAUCGACAUGGCAUGGCGAGGGCUACAGUUUCCAUUACUGUAUUGCACCGACCUGUUUGUGAGAUGUUGAAGGAUUACACUGACGAAGGUAAUGUGGUGUUGAGUUGCCGUUCAUCAGCCAAUCCGGUGGCCUUCAACUUCUCAUGGUUCCGCAACAAUGACUCCAUUUUCAGCGAAACUCGGGAGUCCAAUCGCCAAGAAAGCAUCAUUGCUUUGUCUGGAAACAAUCCCAAUGUCUAUGGAAAAUAUUCUUGCAUCGCUGCCAAUGAAAUUGGAGCCUCGGAUCCUUGCUCAUUAGAUUUGACAGCUUUGCCAUCACCAGCGGGCUGGGUACAGCUGCUGCUUCAAGAGGAAAAUUUACUUAUCGUUGCCGGAAUUUCUGGAGGCAUUGGAGUCCUUCUAAUCAUUCUCCUUACAACUGCUGUUGCAAUCGUUCUAAGACGUCGGAUGAAAGCAAAUAGCAAAGAAGCUUUGCAAGAACGACAUCACCCUGAAAACGGAGAUAGAGCAGCCGACUGUACUCCCAUCGGUGCCUCCCCUUUACUUUCAGGACAUAGACAAGAUGACAGUCCAUUGUUGAGAAAAAAAUUUCCUGACCAUGAAUUUGUUUACCAUGAUCCAUCAAUGGAAAAAUCUAAUGGCAUCUACAGAAAUCAACAAGGCCGGAAACUUGCCGGAUGACAAAAGUUGUGCCGACCUGAAAUAAGGACCACUCUUAUGUAAAAGAUUGUAUAUGUCAAAGGACCAAGCGAGCUACGGGUAUGGAACCGUAUUUGCAAUUGCUUGUAUCUGUGUAAGCCUGCGUGCGUCAUUGUGCCACAAAACGCUCGAUGCCAGUCCAGUACAAUUGUACUGCAAAUGAUGGAAGACUUUGCAGUCUUUUCUGAUGAUUUGACAAUGGGAACAAUCAUAUGAUUAUCCUUCUGUGAAUUUUUUUCUCUGUGUGAAAACAUCCCAUCAAUGGACUGCAUCGCGUGUUGAUUUUUUAUGUGUAAAACUUCAUGUGUGUCUAUAUGUUACACGUGACAAUGAACUGAGCUUCUCCUGUGCAAUAUCAGUCGUUCGUUAUUUUAUUUAUUGUAUGUGAUCCUUCGUAUGCUUCGUUUAGCAAAUACUUUAGUAUGUGUUUCUGGAAUGUGCCACACGAAUUAUGCAGUAGUUUUUUAAUUUCAGUGAGAAUUUUCUGAAUCCAUAUGGUGAUUUGCUGAUAUGAACAAUUAAAGCUAUUACUUCAUAAGUAAAAUACUUUUGUGAUUCAGGUAGCAUAUUCUUUUACAGCAAAUAAUUCAUCAUUUUGCAAUGCUAUGUCAUUACAUAUGCAAUGCAUGGUCCAAUUAGUGAAAAUGGAGUCUUGAUUAUCUUAGAAUGUGAGACAAUGAAAACACAUAUAAAUGAUUUUGUGAAAAAAAAAAAAUAUAACAAACAGAAAUUCUAUCGCAUUUGAAAAGAAAAAUAUAUUGAUAAGCUGAAAUAUUUUUAAUUUUUAAGCAUAUAGUUAAAAAUAUUCAUGAAUUAUGGAAAUUCUGUUUAAUUUGUUUAUAAAUUAUUAAAACUUUCUACAUGCCCCAGUAAUAUCAUCCAUUUGAUAUUCAUAACCUAGUUUCUUUUGUUUUAUUAACAAAAAAAUUUCUUUCAUUUUUGAAAAUUAAAUAAUGUUAGAAAUAACUUAGAAUUACAUUUUAUUUAACUGAAUCAAAUAUAUACAAUUUAUAAAUCGUUUUAAGAAAUUGUACUGGACGGUUCUCUGAAGGAAGAGCUUUAAUUAUCUUGUCUCUUAGCAAUAAGUAAACAUAUAUCAGUCCUUGAAAAAUAAAUACUUAAAAUCAUAUAUGAAAUGCGUUUCAUGUACAGUAUUAUUCUACUGGAUGCAAUUAAGGUAUUUUCUCAUGACUGUUCAUUUAUUCUAAUGAAUGCAAAUUAUUCUCUCGAAUUCAUUUACUUAUUUGAGUAUAAAUUAAACUCAAAAUUGGAAUUUAAAAGUUUUUUAAAAGUCAAUUAUAAUGUUUAAACAGUUGCAUGAAUAUGAAAUUUUGAUUUAUAUAUAAGUUAAUAUAAAAUAUGUAGUGAAAUUCUAAGCUUCAUUCUUUUUUAAAUUCUGUGGAAGUAUAAGACCACUUUUUUGUAAAAUUCGAACUUCUUUUAAAAAGAAAUAUUGUAUAUUUAAGUGAAUUCAAAAAUGUAAACAAUAAUAAUCUAGAUGAAAAUAUGAUCAAAAAUAAUAAUUAAAUUUUUGAAAUCACUUUCUAUAUCAAGUCAGAUAUGUGACUGUAUAGUUGAAUUAUUGAUCACCAUUUUUGUAAUGAUACUGAAAUCUUACUUUUAAAGUAAAUAAAUUAUUGCGAAAAUAAUUGCAAAGGCCAAUGUUGUAUCUCAAAGAUAUUGAAAAGUCAUUGAGCAAUAUAAAUUUACAAGAAUGUAACCCUGAAUGUUGAAAUUGUAUUUUUCUAAUGUUUGUAUAGCCUAAAAAAAUUGUUCAGUUCAUAUAAAUAUCUUCACAUGGUAGAGCAACAAAAAGGAUGUUUCUAGUAGUUUUUAUGUGGAACAUUUUACAUAUGUGUCACUACACUAUAGCUUAUUUAAUUUUAUGUGAUAUCCCUUCACACUUGCUGCAAAAAUCCUUUGCCGUUUUAAAAUAAACUAAGAGACAGCGCAAAAAAUAUAUUGCAAAAAAUAAGUGGAAGAAAUGAUAAAUAAACGAACGAAUGGAAUGAAAACAAGAAAUUGCCGAACUAGAAUCUAGGCUUGUAUCCAACAGACAUCUGUGUUGCUUUGAGCAGUUGUUUCAACCCUUUUGAGUGAAGUCAAAAACAAACAAAGCGAAAGAAAGGAAGGGGAAAACAAAAUCGAUUUAGGAAGAAUUCUUCUCUCGCAGCUGCAACUCUACGUUCGUUACACCACUGGCCUUGGGCUCCUUGGAAAAGACCAAUCAAUAAUUUUCUUUUUUUAUUUCUGCUGUGUUUCUUCGCAAGUUGUGAUCAAUUGGGUGGCUGAGAAUGAUAUCACGAAUGUCCAGAAAAAGACACGUUUACGGAAUGAAUGUGCUUGUUGGGCUAAUGAUAAAAGACUGUAACAAUCGCUGAUGAAUAAAUAUUGUUUUAUGUUCA